GGGCGCGGCCUGGCUCCGGUGUGGCGGCGGCCUCGGUGCGCGGGCAGGACAUGGCCAAGAGCCUCCGGAGCAAAUGGAGGAGGAAGAUGCGGGCGGAGAAGAGGAAGAAGAACGCGCCCAAGGAGCUGGAGAGGCUGAAGAAGAUCUUGGGAACCAACGCGGAUGUUGUCAUGGAGGAGGUCAAGGAGGUGGCGACCGUGGUGCCCCCCAAGAAAGUGCUGGAACAGAGGGAUGAUGGCAAAAUGGACCUGGAUAAUAAGCGGAACAAAAAAACUCUUCUAGAUCAGCAUGGACAGUACCCGAUAUGGAUGAAUUCCAGGCAAAGAAAGAAGCUUAAGGCACAGCGUGUUAAAGGGAAAAAAAAAUCAAAAUUGGCCAAAGGCCUUGUCUGGUAGAAUCAGUUUUGUAAGAUCAUGAAUAUUUUACUCAACAAAAUAAAUUUCCCACAUAUUUUGUGCUUGGUCACUGAGUAUUAUUUAUUGUGUUGAAUGGAAUUUGAAAAGACUGUUAGGCCAGCAGAUGAUGAAACGAGUAUCAACGUGGUGUCUCCUUAACUUAAAAAGCAAGCUGAGUGCCUUUGAGUAGACUAAUUGUCUCUGGUUAUCUGUUUUCUUGAGGAGGGGAGGGUCUUCAUCUUUUAUAUUGUAAGCGCCGAAAACACUGAAGGAAACCCUAAAAAUAAUUAAACCGUAUGUUUUGUGUACUGUGGUCUUUGUCAGUGUAACUUCUCUUUUAGUAAAUAUAACCAAAGGAGUCUGUAAA